AUGACCGCCUCGAGACAUAUCAUCGUCAAUCUUUAUCAGGAGUCAGCAGAUUCGCCUGGUUGGAGAAUGGCGAGCCAGACUUACGGGUCGAGAAAGGCUAUGGAGACUGGAACACAGCGGGCUAGCAAAAACUGGAGCUCAUGGGCCCAGCCAAUUCGGGCGGAGACCAAACACAUGGGUAACUUUGGAAACAGUACCUCAGGCAGCACAAUUUAUGGUAUGCUGAUAUGCGAUGACAAUCAGGGAUAG